UUUCUUUUAGUCGCCUCGAAAUGCGUAAACCUUAAUCCAAUUUCAAAACUUCCAAGGACAAAACCAAUGAUAAUCUGCACGAACUGCUAGUCUUCAGGUUUUCCAGCUCGAAGAUCUCAGACCCUCUAUCCCCACCAAUUUUUCCCAUAUGGGUUUGCCCGAAAUCGUCGAUGUUGCUCGCAAUUUCGCUGUUAUGAUCAGAGUUCAAGGCCCUGACCCAAAGGGUCUGAAGAUGAGAAAACAUGCUUUCCAUCAGUAUAACUCUGGCAAAACAACACUUUCAGCCUCUGGGAUGUUAUUGCCUGGUUUCAAUGUUGCUCCAGGAGCUAAGAAAAUUGAGUGCAGUGACAAACCGGGUUCGGUGGUGGUGGUAACUGUUGCAUCUGUUGUUGAGCCUUUUCUGUCAUUACAGCAUAGGGUGAACAUGUCUCAGGAGAAACCGGAGUUGAUUCCUGGUGUUCAUAUUGAGAUAAUGUUAGAGGGGAAGAAAGGGAUGGAGUACAACACUAAAGGGUCAGACGAGCAAGUUCCUCUUUGGUUAUCUGCUCGGCUUUUGGCAUUGGUUGAUGUUCCUGUAUCUUCUAUUGCUGUCGAAUCCAUCAUUCAAGCUUCUUCUGGCUCAUUGGAGCAUCAGUGGGAGGUUGGUUGGUCCUUAGCCUCGUACAUUGAUGGUCCUCAACCUUUAAUGGAUACUAUACAAGCUCAGACUGGGCAAUCUUCCAUGCAGAGACAUAGGCACAUGGUAGAGGGAGAGACAAGCAAUCCAAGCUUUAUGGGCAGGUCAAUUGCCAAAAUUGCCCUUCUUGGAGUUUUCUCAACAAAUUCUAAGGAUAUGCACAAUCUAAACAUAUCACCCUCAAUUAAGAGGGGAGAUCUUCUUCUGGCUAUGGGAUCUCCUUUUGGUGUCUUGUCUCCUGUGCACUUCUUUAACAGUAUAUCAGUGGGAUCUGUUGCCAACUGCUAUCCUUGUGGUUCCUCGAAGAGAUCAUUGUUGAUGGCAGAUAUUCGUUGUCUUCCUGGAAUGGAAGGUGGUCCUGUGUUUGGGGAGAAUGGACUACUCAUUGGUAUACUGACAAGACCGUUAAGACAAAAGACUAGUGGUGCCGAAGUUCAGCUGGUGAUUCCGUGGGAAGCCAUUGCAACUGCUUGCAGUGACUUGCUGCAGGAGGAGCCUCAAAAUGCAUACAAAGGGAUCAAUUAUAACAAUGGGAACUUGAAUGCUGUAGGGAGGUUAUGUCUAUCUAAUAGUCUUGACUUAAAUGCAUCAUCCAAUCAUCUUCAUGAGCAUCCCAGUUCUGGUUGCCCCCCUUCAUCAUCACCUAUUGAGAUGGCAAUGGCUUCUAUUUGUCUUGUUACCAUUGAUGAUGGAGUAUGGGCAUCUGGUGUUUUGCUCAACAAUGAAGGCCUUAUUCUUACAAAUGCUCACCUGUUGGAGCCAUGGAGGUUUCGAAAAGCAACUGCAAAUGGCGAAAGAAAUGAAACCAAAUCAGAGGUACUUUUCACCCCAUCUGACGAUUCUUUGCCUUCUGGGCACGAGGAAAUUGGUGGUGAUCAGAGGUCUCAGGGAUUGUUGCCAACAAGAUUGAAGACCACACCUUCUGUUGUUGAUGAUGGUGGGGGCUAUAAAUUCGACUGGAAUACAAUGCAUAGAAGCAUACGCGUUCGCCUGGAUCACACUGACCCUUGGAUAUGGUGUGAUGCUAGGGUAGUGUAUGUUUCUAAAGGACCUUUGGACAUUGCCCUACUGCAGCUUGAGGUCGUGCCAGAUCAGCUCUGCCCCAUUGUUAUGGACUUCACAUGCCUGUCCCCAGGAUCAAAGGUCUAUGUAAUUGGACAUGGACUAUUUGGUCCACGAUGUGACUUUUCUCCAUCUGCUUGUGUUGGUGUCGUGGCAAAAGUUGUUGAAGCUAGGAGGCCUCUACCGUACAGAACCAGCCAACAGUACAAUGUAUUUGGAAAUUUUCCAGCAAUGCUAGAAACAACAGCAGCUGUGCAUCCUGGUGGUAGUGGUGGUGCUGUUGUCAAUUCAGAUGGUCAUAUGAUUGGGCUUGUGACAAGUAAUGCAAGGCAUGGUGGAGGGAUGACAAUACCACAUCUGAACUUCAGCAUUCCAUGUGCAGCUCUGGAGCCUAUCUUCAAGUUCUCAAGAGACAUGAAGGAUUUGUCACUCUUAGAAGAACUCGACAAACCUAACGAACUCCUUUCUUCCGUAUGGGCUUUGAUGCCGCCAUUGUCUCCAAAACCGGGCCCGCCAUUGCCGAAUCUGCCACAGCCACUGCCACUAGAUAUCAACAAAGACGGGAAGGGCUCUCGAUUUGCUAAAUUUAUGGAAGAAAGGCAGGAAGUUUUCAGGAAAUCAAAUCAACUUGGCAAGAUGAAGAGGCUUUCUACAGAGUUUAUUCCAAGCAAGUUGUGACCCAUCAAUACAAGCGAGAGAUGAAUUGAUCCACAUGGAAAAGAAUGAAAAUGUUGUGUAUUCCUUGGAAUUGAGAUUUGUAACUUUAUCAAUGUUGUUUUAUGUGAUUGAAAUAAUCUUUUAUAUACAAGUACCAUUGUUUGGCUUUACACUCGUGUGUGACACACUGAUUGUUUUUAUUUGCAGUUUAUUUAGCUUAAAAUUUGAAUU